CUAAAGGAAGGUGGACAAUGCUUUCCUACUGUCCCAUUUGUGGAAAGCCAGUCUACUUUGCUGAGCGGAGGCGUUCUCUCGGCAAGGACUACCAUCCCCUCUGCCUGAAGUGCCACCACUGCAAACGGCAACUCACCCCUGGCCAGCAUGCUGAGCAUGAUGACAAGCCUUAUUGCACCCAUUGCUAUCUUCAGCGUUUUGGACCAAGAGGAGCAAGACCUUCAAGAUUGCGUUCAUCCUUUGGUGCUUCUUCUUCUUCAUCUUCCCGAGUUCCAGCACAAAUCUGAAAAUCCAGCUCUUUGCCUGGCUUUUGUUAUGCUGCAGAAGUAGCAUUUUAUAAAACAAUACACCAAGUUCACAUUUAAAGGACUUUAUCGCUUGGUUAUAAAUAUGAGUCCAAAUAAGUUAAGACAGUUCCACAAAGAGUGUUAAUGCUACAGCUGCUUCAGAUAGCAGCUGUGAUAAAUACAUUUUCAAUAGGUUGCAGUUAAUAUCUGCAAAAAAUGGACUAUCUUUUAGUGUUUCAAUGAACAAUUUUGUUCUGCACCUUUUAGUCAGUGUUACAUCUUUUUUCCUUUUCAUUCAGAAAUGAAGCAAAAAAAAAAAAAAAAGUUGAAUGCACAUCUCUAAUGUAGACAAGAAGGCAGGUUUGGCCCAAUUUCACAAUCAGUCCAGAUAGUCAUGGGCCUAUUCACGUAUGUGGUGGC